GCUCAUUAAAGAUCUCCCCAAGAAGUGGGCUUCCCCGGAACGAUUACCGUCUCAAUUACCUUGUUUUAUCCCAGCUCCAUAACAACGAAAUUCUGUAUAAAAAUAUCUUAUGUCCAUCACAGCUUGUGCUAGGCUAGAGACGGAUUGCGAAACGCAUUUUAAACGGAACGACCUGAUGGCGGUCACGUAGUGAGCACAGGACCGGGAUGGUUUCGAAAGAACCGCUCUUCACGCCGCCGAGCGUCAUCUGCUCCGUAGCGACGGCGGGCGUCGCGACGCGUCGAUACACUCCCACCGGAAGCGGCCGGCCAAAGAUGGAAAAGGCGGUCGAGGAGCUCGAACACAAAAUGAAGAAGACGGACGAACGGUUCGAGGAUCUGGCGGUGCAGGUCGGUAACAUUGAGCAGGACAUGUUCGCCGACGACGUGGAGGAGGUGCAGGUAAACAACCUGUUAAGGAGCGUUAACGAGGUGAAGUCGAAUUACAUGCACCUAAAGAAGGAGCUGGGUGAAGUGCAGGACCUGCAGAGGCAGCUUAGUACGACGCUGCACAUGCAGCUGAAAAUGAUGCAGACCAAGUUCAACACGCUGAAGGAGAAGGUCUACAUUCCUGAGAGCCAUCUGAACAACAUACAGAGGACGAGGGACAGGAAUUCCAGGGAUUAAAAUUACCAAGUUUAGACCCUAUUUUCGCACAUAUCUUCGCCUUGGACUUUUGGAUCUUCAACUGAUAAGUCUGGUCGUAGUGGCUUAGCAAAAAUAAAAAUAAACCUCCUCAACAAACCUGUGAAAAUCCAGUGGAAAUUAGCGCCGAAUUGUUUUUAUAAUUUGCGCUUAAGAUAUUGUCAAUUAAUUGGAUUUAAAUUUAAGACGACAUUCUUACCCAGUCACACAUCAAAAUGGAAUCAAUCCACCAUUUUUUUGCAUGAAGUUUUAUGUUUAUUUUUUUGAUGGCAUGAAUUUCCAAAAAUCUGCAUGGUUGUAAAUACUUGAUAACUUGAAUCUUCCUUAAUAAGUGCACGUAAAUAAAAGUUGUUUGUGAUACAAUAAACUGAUCUAGUUACAGUUUUUUGCUCGUUAUAUAGUUUUAAAACCACUACGUAGCAAACUGUUGGUUUAGUUUAGUUGGUUGUUAGUGAUUUAGUAGUUGGUUUAUUUUUUAUAACUUUCAAAUGCCUUUGUUACAACCAAAGUGACAUAUAUACACGUAUACACACGGUUUUAUAUAUAACUUUUUGCAUGUUUUCUCCACCAAUAAAAAAAGCAUCCACAUUCCAAUUGUGAAUAAAAUUCGGAUGAAGAGACACACAAUAAACAUAUUAAAUAUCUAUUGAAAACCAAGCAUGUUAGAAAAAAAUUAAAGUCAAUUGUUGUGAAGACUAUAUUAUAUUAAAUUUUUAGAUUGUCGCACUUAUUUCAACUCGAACUGAAUGGCAUUUCGUAUUGGAAUUUCUGCGGCACUUGCAAUAAUUUUAUCCUAGAGAUUUUUAAAUCUAGACAAUUUUGUACCUGAUAAAUAUAAUUAACUUUUUUUUAUAUAUACCAAAUAAAUAUAUUAUGAGAA